AUGGCAUGUUGUCAGGUAUUCCUCUUCAACGGCCCAGAUUCAAGCGACGCCUGGCGCGCUUGUCGCAUGAUCCACAGGAAAGUAAGUGCACCCAAACAGCUCCUCGUGGGACAAUGUUCUUCUGAGUCUAAGAGCCCCCGACCUUGGUCGUGGAGGGCCGUGGAGGGCUUAGAGCCCCCGACCUUGGCCGUGGAGGGCUUAGAGCCCCCGACCUUGGCCGUGGAGGGCUUAGAGCCCCCGACCUUGGCCGUGGAGGGCUUAGAGCCCCCGACCUUGGCCGUGGAGGGCUUAGAGCCCCCGACCUUGGCCGUGGAGGGCUUAGAGCCCCCGACCUUGGCCGUGGAGGGCUUAGAGCCCCCGACCUUGGCCGUGGAGGGCUACCUUGGCCGUGGAGGGCUUAGAGCCCCCGACCUUGGCCGUGGAGGGCUUAGAGCCCCCGACCUUGGCCGUGGAGGGCUUAGAGCCCCCGACCUUGGCCGUGGAGGGCUUAGAGCCCCCGACCUUGGCCGUGGAGGGCUUAGAGCCCCGACCUUGGCCGUGGAGGGCUUAGAGCCCCCGACCUUGGCCGUGGAGGGCUUAGAGCCCCCGACCUUGGCCGUGGAGGGCUUAGAGCCCCCGACCUUGGCCGUGGAGGGCUUAGAGCCCCCGACCUUGGCCGUGGAGGGUCCAGAGCCCCCGACCUUGGCCGUGGAGGGUCCAGAGCCCCCGACCUUGGCCGUGGAGGGUCCAGAGCCCCCGACCUUGGCCGUGGAGGGUCCAGAGCCCCCGACCUUGGCCGUGGAGGGUCCAGAGCCCCCGACCUUGGCCGUGGAGGGUCCAGAGCCCCCGACCUUGGCCGUGGAGGGUCCAGAGCCCCGACCUUGGCCGUGGAGGGUCCAGAGCCCCCGACCUUGGCCGUGGAGGGUUAGAGCCCCCGACCUUGGCCGUGGAGGGCUUAGAGCCCCCGACCUUGGCCGUGGAGGGCUUAGAGCCCCCGACCUUGGCCGUGGAGGGCUUAGAGCCCCCGACCUUGGCCGUGGAGGGCUUAGAGCCCCCGACCUUGGCCGUGGAGGGCUUAGAGCCCCCGACCUUGGCCGUGGAGGGCUUAGAGCCCCCGACCUUGGCCGUGGAGGGCUUAGAGCCCCCGACCUUGGCCGUGGAGGGCUUAGAGCCCCCGACCUUGGCCGUGGAGGGCUUAGAGCCCCCGACCUUGGCCGUGGAGGGCUUAGAGCCCCCGACCUUGGCCGUGGAGGGCUUAGAGCCCCCGACCUUGGCCGUGGAGGGCUUAGAGCCCCCGACCUUGGCCGUGGAGGGCUUAGAGCCCCCGACCUUGGCCGUGGAGGGCUUAGAGCCCCCGACCUUGGCCGUGGAGGGCGUAGAGCCCCCGACCUUGGCCGUGGAGGGCUUAGAGCCCCCGACCUUGGCCGUGGAGGGCUUAGAGCCCCCGACCUUGGCCGUGGAGGGCUUAGAGCCCCCGACCUUGGCCGUGGAGGGCUUAGAGCCCCCGACCUUGGCCGUGGAGGGCUUAGAGCCCCCGACCUUGGCCGUGGAGGGCUUAGAGCCCCCGACCUUGGCCGUGGAGGGCUUAGGGCCCCCGACCUUGGCCGUGGAGGGCUUAGGGCCCCCGACCUUGGCCGUGGAGGGCUUAGGGCUCCCGACCUUGGCCGUGGAGGGCUUAGGGCUCCCGACCUUGGCCGUGGAGGGCUUAGAGCCUCCGACCUUGACCGUGGAGGGCUUAGGGCUCCCGACCUUGGCCGUGGAGGGCUUAGGGCCCCCGACCUUGGCCGUGGAGGGCUUAGGGCCCCCGACUUUGGCCGUGGAGGGCUUAGGGCCCCCGACCUUGGCCGUGGAGGGCUUAGGGCCCCCGACCUUGGCCGUGGAGGGCUUAGAGCCCCCGACCUUGGCCGUGGAGGGCUUAGGGACCCCGACCAUGGCCGUGGAGGGCUUAGGGACCCCGACCAUGGCCGUGUUGGGCUUAGGGCCCCCGACCUUGGCCGUGGAGGGCUUAGAGCCCCCGACCUUGGCCGUGGAGGGCUUAGAGCCCCGACCUUGGCCGUGGAGGGCUUAGAGCCCCCGACCUUGGCCGUGGAGGGCUUAGAGCCCCCGACCUUGGCCGUGGAGGGCUUAGAGCCCCCGACCUUGGCCGUGGAGGGCUUAGAGCCCCCGACCUUGGCCGUGGAGGGCUUAGAGCCCCCGACCUUGGCCGUGGAGGGCUUAGAGCCCCCGACCUUGGCCGUGGAGGGCUUAGAGCCCGCGACCUUGGCCGUGGAGGGCUUUGAGCCCGCGACCUUGGCCGUGGAGGGCUUUGAGCCCCCGACCUUGGCCGUGGAGGGCUUUGAGCCCCCGACCUUGGCCGUGGAGGGCUUUGAGCCCCCGACCUUGGCCGUGGAGGGCUUUGAGCCCCCGACCUUGGCCGUGGAGGGCUUUGAGCCCCCGACCUUGGCCGUGGAGGGCUUUGAGCCCCCGACCUUGGCCGUGGAGGGCUUUGAGCCCCCGACCUUGGCCGUGGAGGGCUUUGGGCCCCCGACCUUGGCCGUGGAGGGCUUAGGGCCCCCGACCUUGGCCGUGGAGGGCUUAGGGCCCCCGACCUUGGCCGUGGAGGGCUUAGGGCUCCCGACCUUGGCAGUGGAGGGCUUAGGGCCCCCGACCUUGGCCGUGGAGGGCUUAGGGCCCCCGACCUUGGCCGGUGAGGGCUUAGGGCCCCCGACCUUGGCCGUGGAGGGCUUAGGGCCCCCGACCUUGGCCGUGGAGGGCUUAGGGCCCCCGACCUUGGCCGUGGAGGGCUUAGGGCCCCCGACCAUAUCCGUGGAGGUCUUAGGGCUCCCGACCAUGGCCGUGGAGGGCUUAGAGCCCCCGACCAUGGCCGUGGAGGGCUUAGAGCCCCCGACCAUGGCCGUGGAGGGCUUAGAGCCCCCGACCAUGGCCGUGGAGGGCUUAGAGCCCCCGACCAUGGCCGUGGAGGGCUUAGAGCCCCCGACCAUGGCCGUGGAGUGCUUAGAGCCCCCGACCAUGGUCGUGGAGGGCUUAGAGCCCCCGACCAUGGCCGUGGAGGGCUUAGAGCCCCCGACCAUGGCCGUGGAGGGCUUAGAGCCCCCGACCAUGGCCGUGGAGGGCUUAGAGCCCCCGACCAUGGCCGUGGAGGGCUUAGAGCCCCCGACCAUGGCCGUGGAGAGCUUAGAGCCCCCGACCAUGGCCGUGGAGGGCUUAGAGCCCCAGACCUUGGCCGUGGAGGGCUUAGAGCCCCCGACCUUGGCCGUGGAGGGCUUAGAGCCCCCGACCUUGGCCGUGGAGGGCUUAGAGCCCCCGACCUUGGCCGUGGAGGGCUUAGGGCCCCCGACCUUGGCCGUGGAGGGCUUAGGGCUCCCGACCUUGGCAGUGGAGGGCUUAGGGCCCCCGACCUUGGCCGUGGAGGGCUUAGGGCCCCCGACCUUGGCCGGUGAGGGCUUAGGGCCCCCGACCUUGGCCGUGGAGGGCUUAGGGCCCCCGACCUUGGCCGUGGAGGGCUUAGGGCCCCCGACCAUAUCCGUGGAGGUCUUAGGGCUCCCGACCAUGGCCGUGGAGGGCUUAGAGCCCCCGACCAUGGCCGUGGAGGGCUUAGAGCCCCCGACCAUGGCCGUGGAGGGCUUAGAGCCCCCGACCAUGGCCGUGGAGGGCUUAGAGCCCCCGACCAUGGCCGUGGAGGGCUUAGAGCCCCCGACCAUGGCCGUGGAGUGCUUAGAGCCCCCGACCAUGGUCGUGGAGGGCUUAGAGCCCCCGACCAUGGCCGUGGAGGGCUUAGAGCCCCCGACCAUGGCCGUGGAGGGCUUAGAGCCCCCGACCAUGGCCGUGGAGGGCUUAGAACCCCCGACCAUGGCCGUGGAGAGCUUAGAGCCCCCGACCAUGGCCGUGGAGGGCUUAGAGCCCCAGACCUUGGCCGUGGAGGGCUUAGAGCCCCCGACCUUGGCCGUGGAGGGCUUAGAGCCCCCGACCUUGGCCGUGGAGGGCUUAGAGCCCCCGACCUUGGCCGUGGAGGGCUUAGAGCCCCCGACCUUGGCCGUGGAGGGCUUAGAGCCCCCGACCUUGGCCGUGGAGGGCUUAGAGCCCCCGACCUUGGCCGUGGAGGGCUUAGAGCCCCCGACCUUGGCCGUGGAGGGCUUAGAGCCCCCGACCUUGGCCGUAGAGGGCUUAGAGCCCCGACUUUGGCCGUAG